AUGCGUCAAUCAUUGCUUACGCUGUGGCUUACCACAAUCUUCAUUCUAUUUGCACCUGGUCUUGCCUGCAAGAAAAGAUAUUUCCGGUACACGAACUCGUGGAGAAAUUGCAACGAGGGGAGGGCAGACUUCCUCAAGGAGCGACUCAAGGAGGAUUGCGAAGUCAAUAUGACACAAACCUAUCUCCAGCACAACAGUCGAGUCAACGGCGCCCUUGGUGCAGAAAUCAGCGGCGAAUUAGAGCGAACAUAUUCUCCGCCUGAUGUUGAGUCCUGUAUUACCUACCGGUGCACAAUCACUGCCUGGCGAUUCCGCGAAUGGCAAAACAAUGAUUUCGAUGAUAAAGGCAAAAUCCUAUUCAAUACAACUUCAUGGAGAUACGAGAGUACAUGGUAUUCUCCUGAUACAAAUAAAUGCUAG